CUCGUCACCUUUCCUAUUUCAGAUCCAGAAGAAACAAAAACAUGGCUUCUAGGCUUAAUAAUGAGAUACUAUUUGAAGCUAUGUCACGUGUUCAGAAGGUCACUCUAAAUAGACCUACACAAUUGAAUUGCUUGACUUUUGAAAUGAUUGGUGAAUUGUUAAGAACUUUCGAAGAGUAUGAAGAAGAUCCACAAGUAAGGGCUGUAAUAGUUAAGGGAAAAGGAAAAGUAUUUUGUGCUGGAGGAGACGUAGUCCGAGUGAUACAAUUCAUGCUACAAGGAGACUUGUAUUGUGUUAAGGAGUUUUACAAAAAUCAGCUAACUUUGGAUUAUUUGGUGGCGACAUACAAAAAACCAGUUGUUUUCCUUAUCAAUGGAGCUGUAAUGGGAGGAGGUGCUGGUCUUUCCAUGAAUGCAAAAUUUCGUAUUGUAACUGAAAAUACGGUAUUUGCCAUGCCAGAAGCCUCAUUUGGACAUUAUCCGGAUGUUGGGGCAUCUUAUUUUCUUUCAAGAUUACCUGGCCAUUUUGGAGAAUACUUAGGAUUAACAGGAGCAAAAAUAAAUGGCUCUGAAAUGAUUGCAUCUGGCCUUGCAACUCAUUUUGUUUAUUCAAAGGAUAUUGAGUCGAUGGAAAAUGCAUUAUGCCAAGCAUUAUCACUAAACACAUCAUCAAAAUCUAUUCAUGAAUCGGACAUUUCAAGAAUCAUCAAAGAAUUCGUUCGUAAUCCAGUAUUGAAGGAAGGAAGUAUUUUCAAAAGACUUGAUAUUAUCAAUGGUUGCUUUGGCAAGGACACAGUUGAAGAAAUAUUAUUUGCACUUGAAAAGGAAAACACUGCAAUGAAUGAUAAGUGGAUCGCCAAUGCAAUCAAGUCUAUGAAGUUGGCAUCACCAACAAGCCUUAAGAUUACUCUCAGAUCUAUUAGAGAAGGACGCAAGCAAACACUUAGACAAUGUUUGAUUCGUGAAUUUAACAUCAGUAGUCACAUUGUACUAAGAUCAUUCAAUUACAACGAUUUCUAUGAGGGUGGUAAAGCAAUCUUUUUUACAAAGGACAAAAAGUUUAAGUGGGAACCAUCAAAGUUGGAGCAAGUACACGAUGCAAUAGUAAUGCAGUUUUCUGAAGUGGUCCAUGACGAUCAUUGGGGUUACUUGGAACUUCCAGAAAGAGAACAAUUGAAAAGGUCUAAACUUUGAAUUUAUAA